AUGGUGACUUCUACUCUGAGCGACUUGCUGACCGGGAGCGCUGGCACCACCUCAGACGCUGCAAACCGGGAGGCAAAUGGUUCGUUGGGGCAAGAAGAAUAUUGUGACCUGCAUGGGGUUGUGAUUAAGCCACUCCAACAGAUCGAAGAGCUCACGCCACUAUGGCUGUCGAUGUUUCUCAAUCGCAAGAUCGAUGAGAAUGGCUUCGUCGUCAAGCCAACUGGGACUGGCCAGAUGAGCAAUACUUACCGAGUCCAGUUUCAUGAUCUCGACCAUCCAGGCCAAGUCAGCCAAGUUGUGGUCAAAUUUGCAAGAAACGACAAGGACACUCGAGACCUUGGCAUCAGGUUUGGCCACUACCAACGUGAGGCUGUCUUCUAUCGAAGAUUUGGAGAUAGGCUGUCCGCUGGUCUACCACACUGCUAUGGUGCAGUGGUAGACAGACAUGCUUGGUUUACCCUUGUCCUCGAGGACCUAGGCUUGUAUGACGGGUACCAAGGGGCCCAGCUGGAAGGAUGUGAUUGUAAGCAUGCGCAGCUGGCCCUGAAAGCGCUCGCUCAAUUGCAGGCGCCGGUCCUAGGAGAUGCACAGCUGGAUGAGGACGAGUGGCUCAAUAAACCACCCGCUCUGGACCAGAAAUUCUUCAACGAAUGUCUACCAGUCUUCCGCACGCGCCAGAAGCUUUCGCCCGAGCAAGAACAGCUGUUAGAUUGGCUAUCCGAAAACCUCGAUGACUGGUGGGCGACUCGAGAAGGGCCUUUCUGCAUCUUCCAUGGAGAUUUUCGUCUGGACAAUAUCCUCUUCCUUGCCAAGGACAAUCAUCGUGCGGUAGCAGUCGACUGGGGCGGGCUUGGUUGGGCAUCUCCCAUGCGGGAUGCUGGAUACUUCCUCGGAAACGGACUGACGAUUGAGAACCGGCGAAAGUGGGAGAAGGAUCUCAUCCGCGAGUACCUGGACGAGCUCAAUCGUUUGAGCAAGGUCCAAAUGACAUGGGACCAGGCCUGGAAGCAGUAUAGACUCCAAUCGAUAUAUGGCCUUGCACAACAUAUCCCAGCUGCGGCAAUCUGCGCACCGACUGAGCGAGGAGAGAAAAUGUUCUAUACAUUGACCUCGAGGCAGGCCCAGCACGCACUAGACAUGGAUGCAGCAUCAUUGGUGAAGCCACGCCCCAAAUCUUACUCACCUCAUGUUGGAGACGAAGCCGAGCAUAUUCCACCGGCAGACGGGGGACCUCUCUGGAGUGAAAGCUGGUAUUUUGACUGCGCCACACCAGAUGGCGAAGCUGGCAUGUACGCUCGAAUUGGGCGCCUCCCAAACCAGAAUUGUUGCAACUUUAUCGCCGGGAUCUUUCGACGGGGAAAGUCAUCGGUCAUGCUUGUUAACAUGCAAGCACCUCUACCAGCCUCCCAUCACGCUAUGCAAAAGUUCUCGACGGAUCGGUUCGCGGUUGAGAGCAAAUGCCUUGUUCCGCUGGAGAAAUUCUCAUUCGUUUUGAGCGGGACGGGAUCCGCCUCGCCCGACUCCAUUACAUCCUUCCACGGAGAUGAGGCGCCGGUGGAAGAUGUGGAAAAUAUCAAGAUCGAUCUCGUUUGGGAGACGUCGGCAGCCCCAUAUAAGAAACACGGACAGUCUCGGUACGAGAUACCGUGUAAAGUUACUGGGAACAUCAAAAUCGGUGACGAGGAAGAGAUCAGAUUUAACGCCGCCCCGGGACAACGGAACCACAGUUGGGGUGUGCGCAACUGGUGGGUGGCUGACUGGGUGUGGUCUGGCCUGCACUUUUUAGAUGGCACCGACGUCUUUAUCAUCGCGUUGGGCAAAGGACCAGACAGUACGGGUGCGUCGGGAUACAUCCAGAAAGAUGGCGGAAUAAAAGAGAUUACUAAGGUAGUUAAUGAAUUCGAGUGGCAGGAUAACGGACUACCUGGAAAGUUGAGACUGCUGGUCGAGCCUGGCGGUAUGAGCAUUGAGUGCGAGGCGAUCGCGGCUGGCGGUCUGCGUCUUUUUGAUCCCGAGGGUCGAGAGGCGCAUCUGCCUCGAGUCAUGUGCACCGCCAGGACCAGUGAUGGGAAAUCAGGGGUGGGAUGGUUGGACUUUAAUCGGGUUGUCAAGCGCGAACCAGGGGAUGUAAGGAAUGGUCAAGCAAAGGACGUAUAG